UAUUAUCACAGAACAAAAGAAAUUUGAGACAAUAAAAUAUUUGCACUUUCUCAAUGGUGAUCGGAGAACACUUUGGAGACUCUUCUUACACCUCAUGAAAAGAUUGGCUUCUCCGAACCUCGGAUAACAAAUAUCCUUCAUGCGGACACUGCCUUUUGUUACAUAGAUCAAACGGAGCUUUUUUACGAUAUGUUGUCCUUCACAAAAACAUUCACCACUGUCCCCUCUCGAAUUCCACGCGCUUUCCCACACCCCCAUGCUCCCUUGCUCGUAGCGACGAGGAGCAGUAUCGAAAAUGACAACAAUACCCCCAACUUGGACGGCUUCGAUGCGAUGCCACCUGUCCAACAACCGCCGCCCAUAACCCCACCAGGUUCAGUGGAAAUACGGUUCAAAAGAGGUUCGAGGCGAAGAAAGCAAGAAGGCGACGGCGAUACGAGUAGAAUCGGGUCUAAGAAGGCUCCGGUUACAAAGGAUUGGGAGUCGAUGACUCUCAACGAGAAGCUCUUGGAGCUGUAUGUGGGUGAAAAGGGCGCCCUGUUUUGGCUGAACAAGUUUGCGUAUGCUUCGAUAUUUAUUGUUAUCGGGGGUUGGAUUGUGUUUCGAUUUGUUGGUCCCGCACUGAAUUUAUACCAGCUGGAUACUCCUCCGUUGGCUCCAACUGCAAUGUUCAAGGAAUAAAUAUUAGCCAAACGUAUCUCAAAUGUUAAUUCGACAGUCGAAAUUUUUGUAUCGUGGAACUACGCUCGAGUUGCUAUUAUGUAUUAUGUGUUAAGUAAGUUUUAUCUAUCUUAUACUGCUGCAUUCUUUGGUUGUAAUGAUACAGAGUAAAUAACAUGGUGUUAAUUUAAUCAACAUACAAUGCUCAA